AGCUGUUUCCCCCCCACCCUCCGUCGCCAGCCCUUGUUUGGAUGGGGAUCAGCUGGGAUAAUAACAACAAUAACGGCGGACGACCGGGGCAGGUGAAGACGCUUUUGGGGGGGACCCGACGUGAGCCACGCGGGUGUUUAAUGUGACGGAUGCUCAUUUUUUGGACGCGUUCUUGUUACACUUUGUGUGGGACGGCUUCUUCCUGGAUUGCCCCUCACUAACCGACGGGCUCGGUGACUAAUAACCCCGCUAGCUUAAGCUAACAUGUCUUCAUUGUCAUAUUGAAAGCUAUUCUUUUAAACACAUCGCACAACGUAGCCUUAACGUAAAUAAUGCCUUUGGAUGUUUACUUUUAUUGACAUCGCAGCACCGCUACUGCUACUACUACUACUACUACUACCCGGGAAAGUGUUGCAAACUUUCGCGCGUCCCCCCGCGAAACAGCUGGCGCCUGCAAUAUUGCUCGCUGGGUGUAAAAUGGCGAGUUUAUCGGCGCGUUUUUCCACUUAAGUGUCCGUUUGAGACGGAUGGCUAAGUUAGCAUGCUGGCUGCUGCUGGGCCUGCUCCCCUGCUGAGAACCCGCAGGUAAAAACAAAAGCUAACCUUCCUGUCUGGGCCUGUUUGCUAUUGAUUGUUUAUUUUGUCUUGUAACUUCAUGAAGCUGUCGAGUUGCUCAGCAAGUGUUGCAUUUUGUAUUGCGCAAUCAGCCCCCCCACAUUAGAAGUGGUGACGUAUGCUCGAUGAGGACAUCACGUGGUGUCUCCAGUGACCCUUCAGGAGGGUCCAUCUUCAUCUCCUUGUGACAUAGCAGACUUGAGUCCAGAACCCCCUUUUUGGCCAUGUCAGAGACUCUGAUAACGGGCCGCACGUCGGAGGAUCUCUUGGUGGACUUUGAGACUUUGCUGAACUCCGGGAGCAUCGGCCUGGGUCAGGACCACCAGAUCGUCAUCAUCACCAGCCCCGGCGAUGGCUCGGGACUCCACCCGGACGCCGGCCCCUCCAGCACGGGCGAAGUCCUGCUCUUCGCCACCCCGCAGGGACCCGCCGACGUGGCCUUCCAGGACAAGCAGCGCCCGGCUCUGGGAAGACCACCGGUUAAGAGGAAGUUGGACCUGGAUAGCGACCAUCAGUACGUUAGCACAAGUCGACCGUCUUCCGUGCACGCGCCGCCAUCCACGCCUGCCCCUCCCAGAGUCCCUAGAAUCACCACGGAGAAGUCUCGCUACGACACCUCCUUGAACCUGACCACCAAGCGCUUCCUGGACCUCCUGUCCCAGUCGGCCGACGGCGUGGUGGACCUGAACUGGGCCUCGCAGGUGCUGGACGUCCAGAAGCGCCGCAUCUACGACAUCACCAACGUCCUGGAGGGCAUCCAGCUCAUCUCCAAGAAGUCUAAGAAUCACAUCCAGUGGCUUGGCAACCGAAUCGAUGGGGAGACGGUGGCGCGCCAUCAGAAGCUGCAGAGGGAGGUGCGCGACCUCACGGCGGCCGAGGAGCAGCUGGACAAGCUGCUCUCCAAAUGCAACGUCCAGCUGCGACUGCUCACCGAGGAACCGCAGAGCAAGAGGCUGGGCUACGUGCGCUGCCAGGACUUGAGGAAAUCCUUCGACUCCCCGGACCAGCUGGUCAUGGUGAUCCGAGCUCCACCAGAGACCCAGAUGCAGGUGUCGGACCCCAGCGAGGGCUACCAGGUGUCGCUGAAGAGUACGCGGGCGCCCAUCGACGUCUUCCUCUGCCCGGACGACAGCUCUGGCGUCUGCAGCCCCGUGACUGGAAGUAGUCCGGAAAAAGUCGACCUCUCCCCGCCGCCGCCGCCGCAUCACCGGCAGCAGCAGACACGACCUCGCCGCACGACGUCACCGAGCAAAGAGCGAAGCACCACAGCGACCUCGGAGGUGGCGUUGUCCUCGCCCCUGUCCACGUCCUCUACGGCGACCGCAGCAUCUCAGCCGGGCGCCUCGCUAGCCGGCGACACAGAAUCCCUUUUGGGGGGCGACCCGUUCUCCGGCCUGGGGGACAUGGCCGACUUCAACUUCUCCACGGACUUCCUCAACGGUGAAGGCCUCGCCCUCCCGUUGGACGGCUUCAUCAACUUGUCCCCGCCUCACAGCCGCGACUACCACUUUGGGCUGGAGGACGGCACGGGCAUCAGCGAAUUGUUCGACUGCGACUUUGGCGACCUGUCGCAGGUUUUGGGGGAAAGCUAGAAGGACGG